UGAGCCGGCCGGAUUUCAUUCAUUUUCAUUUCAUUUCAGUCAGACAGAAACACAUUUUCGCAAUCUGCUGAACCUACUGCAUAGAAUCUAAUUCUGAUUCUCAAUAGUCUAGUCGUGCUCAAGUUACUGAGUAAAUAUUCAAUAUGCCGCACUUUAGAAUUGAAACAAAUGUGGCAAGGAACAAAAUUCCUCAAGAUUUUGUUUUGAAAGCUGUGCCGGUGUUGGCAAAGGCUCUUGGAAAACCUGAACAGUACUGUGUGGUGUCUGUAAUCCCGGACGUUCCAAUGAGCUUUGGGGGCACCACAGACCCCUGUGCUAUUGCCAACCUCAUGUCAAUCGGGGCACUUGGCGUGGAACAAAACAAGAAACAUGCAAAAGUACUCUUCGAGCUGGUUGAACAAGAGCUCGGAGUCAAGAGUGAUAGGAUGUACAUAACAUUCCAAGAUGAGCCCACGGGAAACGUCGGCUUCAAGGGCACCACGUUCCACGCUAUUUUCGGAUAAACCUACAUACAAAUGUAUUAUUUUUUCUUCUGUAAAGGUCAGACCAGACUAAUGUUAUUUCACUGACACUCAGAGUAUGUUCAAUGACUUUUGUCAAAGAAAUGUAAAAAAAAUAUUCCUAAAAUUUUAAAAUACCACGCUGAAAAUCGCAUUAGAAUCGGUUCAGCCAAACGUGAGGUGAUCGCGCACAAACAUACAUGCAGGGCAAACUGAGAACCUCCUUUUUUGAAGUUGGUUAAAUUCGCAAGUCUGGUGUGUUCUUUAUAUUUUAGUUUUAAGAAUGUAUUAUCCUGAUUUAUUCACAUUAUAAGUUACUGCCAUUAUGCCCUACAAGAGGUUUUAACCAGAACAAUAUUUAUAGUGCCUUUUAAAUGGGUUUAAUUUUUCAUCGCAUGAUCAAAUCUGGUUCAUUUCCAUCAUCAUUUAUUAAAUGGAUAUUUUUUUUUAUAUAACGAUGAAAAAAGCAAUGUAUUUUGCUAGCUAAAGUAAGCGUCCACAGGCACGCGUCGCAUUUAUCGGACGCAUCGCACGAUCGAUUUUAGUAACUUGCCCAUUAAAAUUCAUACAACUGCGUCUACUUAUCGUACGGGCCGCUCAUAUAGGUGGCUAUGCUAUAAUGCGAUACGUCCGAUACGUGCGAUGCGGGCCUGUGGACUAUUACCUUCAGUCAAAAUGUUAUACCCAUACCUAAUAGUCAUAUUUCCCAGUCAUUGGUAUACUUUUUUUAUUUUUUUACGUCCUUUCCUAUUUUUUGUUAAGAGCAAAGUUUAUGUUAUGAAUUUAUGAUGUUUUCUUUUAUUAUUUUUAGAAGCGUAAGAGUAACCUGUAUUUUUGAGAUUCGGAAAAAUAAAUAUUUAUGCAUUUUAA